CGAGCCUCUCUCUCGGCAGCACUCGACCAUGGGCUUCCUUUCGGUCCUCGCAGGCGUCCUCAUGGCCGUCGGUCCGCCCCUCGCCUACGCAGACCAGUACGUCUCGAUCUGCCGCAAACACGACUCGCGAGGCUUCUCGCUCGAUGUCCCAGGCGUCCUCAUCGUCGCCAACGUCACGCGCGCCAUCUACUGGCUCGGCGACCACUUCCAGACCUACCUGCUCAUCCAGUCGCUUCUCAUGAUCACGACCCAAUUUGGCCUCCUCUACGUGUGCCUCCUGUACCGCCCCGGCGACUGGACCGAGCACCGGCCACGCCGCAUCGGCAACCUGUGGCAGUGGAGCCACUUUGCGGCGUACCUCGAGUUCACGGCCAUCCUCAUCGUCGGCCACUCGGCUGCCUUUCUCGCCCUGCACCGCUUCGACGCCUACGUGCAGCUGCUCGGGUUCCUCGCCCUCGGGCUCGAGGCUACGCUCCCGAUCCCGCAGCUGCUCGCCAACUACGAGGCCAAGUCGACGGCCGGCUUCCGCAUGACGGUCCUCGCCGGCUGGGCCAUUGGCGACGCAGUCAAGACGUGCGUCCCCUCGUCCCUCCUGUUCUUCGACCUCGAGGACCUCGCACUGACCCUCGUCCUCGCGCCCCGCAGCGUCUACUUUUUCGUCACGCCCGAUAACGGCCUCCAGUUCAAGCUCUGCAGUGUCUUCCAGCUCUCGGUCGACCUCAUGCUGUGCGCGCAGACGUUCCUGUACCGCGAGCAGACGGCGCGCGACCUCGCCGAGCGCGCCGAGCUCGCGCAGCACCGGGGCGUCGCAGGCACCGAGGCGCUCUUGCACGCCGACCACGAGCGCGAGCGCGAGCGAGGGCGAGGGGGCGGGGGAGAGACGGACGAGGAGGCUGAGCUCGAGACGGUGCGGAAGUAGAGCCGGGCUCGGGCUGUGCAACAGGGACGCUUGUAUCACGCUC